CGAGAAAAGACUCAGACGCAGACAGUUGGCUGGUGCACUCUGACAGGAACAGUUGUCAGUGCCGUUUGUGUGCCCGAAUUUUGUUGAGUGUGUCCUUUUGGUGCAAAUACAGCCAUGGCUGACCAACUCACUGAGGAGCAGAUCGCCGAGUUCAAGGAGGCCUUCUCGUUGUUUGACAAAGACGGCGAUGGCACAAUCACCACGAAAGAGUUGGGGACGGUGAUGAGGUCGCUGGGGCAGAACCCUACGGAGGCAGAGCUCCAGGACAUGAUCAACGAGGUGGACGCUGAUGGUAACGGUACAAUCGACUUCCCUGAGUUCCUUACGAUGAUGGCCCGUAAAAUGAAAGACACCGAUAGUGAAGAAGAAAUUCGCGAGGCAUUCCGAGUAUUUGAUAAAGACGGCAACGGUUUUAUUUCAGCGGCUGAGUUGCGUCACGUGAUGACCAACCUCGGUGAAAAACUGACCGACGAAGAGGUCGACGAAAUGAUCAGAGAGGCCGAUAUCGACGGCGACGGCCAGGUCAAUUACGAAGAGUUCGUGACCAUGAUGACCUCAAAAUGAAGAGUAGAGCAGUUUGCAUUUCAGCUUUCCAUUGUUUCAUCCCGGCCCAUUAUCUACAAUUUCAACAUCUUGAACUUUUUGCUUGGCUGCCGGGCCACUAAAGUGAAAAACUUAAUCGUUAUUUAAUUUUACAAGACAACUUUAAUUAAUAAUAAAUAUUUAUAAAUUAAUAUAA